CCAAUUCACUGUUUUCAUUUUAUCUCCAGCUUCCAAAAGUCUUCUCUCUCGAUCCCCAAUUCGUUUCCUAGGGUUUCAAAAAAGAGUAAGAUCGAAAUGGCGAUGAGGAGAAUCUACAGUGAGAUCAAGGGGAAGAAGGUGAAGGAGCUCCCCGCCUACAUCAAAUCGACGUUUUCAGUCGAAACCGUGAAGACAUCCGUGAGGAAAGGUCUCGAUAACUACAACGACAAGUACAUCCAGACGAGCUCCGUAGAGCCUCUCCUUCAUAUCUGCUUCGGAGGCAUGGCCUUCUCUUACCUCGUCGCUCUCCCCAACGAGCGCCGCCAUCUCGAGCACCAGCAGCACGCCAAGGAGCACGGUGGCCAUUGAUAUCUCGACGAAUCUUUCUCCGAUCCCUCCAUGUGUUUUUAGAUUUUGCUUUGAAGUCUUUCUGCGAUGGUGACCGACUCGAGAUUGCGUCUUUAUUGUUUUUUUUUUCUUGAAUUUUCCUGGAAACUGUUGAAGGAAAGAAAGGUCCUUUUGGAUUGCUCUUGAUAGAGGCAAUAACUGAAUCAUGAUGAUAUUGAUGAAUAAAAAAAACUGUUUAUUUUUUUUA